AUGGUGCCCUGCGCCCAGCAGCUGCAGCUGCCCACCGCUCCUCUCCACACUCUCCGUCAAGCGGGCAGGAUUCCGCUUCGUCGUCCGCAUCGCCGCAGCGGCCGUACCAUCGCCGCCAUGAUCUCCGCCUCCGCCUCCUCCGGCACCCCCAACCCCGUCGUGCUCGGGUGCGGCGGCAUCUCCGUCGACUACCUGGCCACGGUGGCGUCCUUCCCCAACCCCGACGAUAAGAUCCGAAGCCUCGCCCUCAAGGUGCAGGGGGGCGGCAACACUGGCAACGCGCUCACUGCAGCUGCACGCCUCGGCCUCCGUCCCAGGAUCAUCUCCAAGGUAGCCAACGAUGCUCAAGGAAGAAGCAUCCUCAACGAGCUCCAAUCUGAUGGCGUCGACACAUCCUACAUCCUGGUGGCAGAGAACGGGAAUUCAGCAUUCAGCUACAUAAUAGUCGAUGAGCAGACGAAAACUCGUACAUGUAUACACACUCCUGGUUCUCCGCCCAUGGUACCAGAAGAGCUCACAAAGGCAAACUUGUCGUCCGCUUUAGACGGCGCGGACAUCGUCUACUUCGAUGUACGAUUGCAUGACACUGCUUUGCUUGUUGCAGAAGAGGCAAGUCAAAGAAAAAUCCCUAUUUUAGUUGAUGCUGAAAGAAAGAGGGAAGGGCUGGACGAGCUUCUUAAUUUUGCAUCUUAUGUUGUAUGCUCAGCAAAGUUUCCUCAGGCUUGGACAGGAGCCUCAUCAACACCUGUUGCUUUAGUAUCCAUGCUUUCAAGGUUACCAAACAUCAAAUUUGUUAUUGUAACUCUGGGGGAGAAAGGUUGCUUAAUGCUUGAGAGAAGCAUGACAGAUGCUUCUGAAGCAGGGGAAAUAGAUGCAGAGGCUUUAUUCGAAUCACUAGAGAAGAAAGUUGACCGGAGUUCCAAUAUACCAAAAUGCAUUGCUUCCAAGCCAAACUUGAGAAUACGCGCAGAUGGAGUAGUCUCGAUAAGUGGCAGGUUACUUCUAGGUACUGCUGAAGUUAUACCACCUGGUGAACUUGUAGAUACAACUGGUGCGGGAGAUGCAUUCAUUGGAGCAGUUCUAUAUGCUAGUCAACUUCCUUUUUUGAAAUCAGUUGUGUCAAGUGAAGCAAUUAGUUUCCUGUGUUAUGCCGAUAUAAUGGUUUAUGCACUGGCAUGCCACCAGAGAGGAUGCUGCCUUUUGCUGCACAAGUGGCUGGUUGCGGUUGCAGAGGUUUGGGGGCUCGAAGCAGCCUUCCCCAUCGCACAGAUCCACGCCUGGCUGGCUAUUGAUCUGAAUUCAGCAGGACUGCAUCCUGUUUGA